AUGGCAAAUUGGCCAGAGCUCACGAAAGACGUCUUGGGUAUGAUUCAUGGUGAACUCUCGAUUUGUGAUUACGUACGUUUCAGAGCCGUUUGUAAACAUUGGAACUUGGUCAACAAGUUCGAGGACCAUCGGCGUCUAAGGCCACAAGCCCCGUGGCUCAUGUUGUCCGGUGAUGACAAUUCCACGGCCAAGUUCUUCUCUAUUGUCGAGAAAAAAAUUUAUAAGAUUCAAUGCCCGGAACCUAUGAUCGGUAAAAGGAUCUAUGUCGGUUCUUGUCAUGGUUGGCUGGUCACUUUGGAUGGACGCUGCAACAUGCACCUUUUGAAUCCACUCACUGGGGCUCAAAUCCCACUCCCUUCGGUGCUAACCUUACCCUUUAUCAGAGGCAUUUAUAAUUUAGAAGACCAAAUCACCAACUUCAAAGUGGAACAAGAUCAUAACCAGUACUCUUUCUGGCUCAAGUUCAUCCACAAGGUCGUCCUCUCUAAAGCUCCUGAUGCAGACAAUGACUUCACCAUCAUGAUGAUCUAUAGCCAUUGGUGUAAGCUAGCCUUUGCCCGAGCUGGGGACAAGGCUUGGACACCUAUAAGCUCGCCUUAUUAUUACUCCGACAUAAUUUAUCGCAACGCCAAAUUCUACACUAUCAAUUUUCACCAGGUGGUUGAGACAUGGGAGCCCGAUGAACUUGCCUUUAAGCAUAUCAUCUUCAUCUCAGACUUAUCUUCAUAUUGUUUGCUCAGGGGAAUAUAUUACUUGGUUGAGUCACUAGACAGUAAUUUGAUGCUG